AUGUCUAACGACAAGAAACAAUCAGGAACAGCGCGUGUGCUUGGGUCUGCGUCGGCAGGUAUCCUAGAGAUUGGUGUAUUCCACCCUGUCGACACGGUCUCGAAGAGAUUGAUGUCCAACCACACCAAAAUCAGCUCAGCCGCCCAGCUGAACUCCGUGAUUUUCCGUGACCAUGCUGGCGAAGCGCUAAGCAAGCGUCUGUUUACUUUGUUUCCAGGACUGGGAUACGCCGCCUCUUACAAGAUUCUGCAGCGUGUUUACAAGUACGGAGGCCAACCUUUUGCCAACGAAUUUCUGAACCGCACCUUCAAAUCGGACUUCGACAACGCGUUUGGUGAAAAGACCGGUAAAGCGCUCCGUUCGGCCACCGCGGGUUCGCUCAUUGGUAUCGGUGAAAUUGUUCUGUUGCCUCUCGAUGUCCUGAAAAUCAAAAGACAGACCAACCCAGAAGCUUUCAAGGGUAGAGGAUUCGUCAAAAUUCUAAAGGACGAGGGGUUUGGCCUGUACAGAGGCUGGGGCUGGACUGCAGCCAGAAACGCCCCGGGCUCGUUUGCGCUUUUCGGUGGUAACGCUUUCGCCAAGGAGUACCUGUUGGGCCUCAAGGAUUACUCUUCUGCAACCUGGACGCAGAACUUCAUCUCUUCGAUCGUCGGUGCUAGCGCUUCGUUGAUCGUUUCUGCUCCUCUCGACGUCAUCAAGACCAGAAUUCAAAACAGACACUUUGAUAAUCCAGAGAGCGGUUUCAAAAUUGUCAAAAAACACCCUAAAAACGAAGGUUUCACCGCUUUCUUCAAGGGUUUGACUCCUAAGCUUCUCACCACCGGCCCUAAACUAGUGUUCUCGUUUGCCUUGGCACAAACGUUGAUCCCUGCUUUUGAUAAGCUACUUUCCAAAUGA